GAGUUACAUGAGGAUGCAAACCAGCAUCCACAGUCGUCUCAAAUCUGGACUGAAUUUAUGCCGCAUAUGCACCUCAAUCUAUUAAACAGCCGAGACUGAAAUGAAUGCAUUAUGCCAACGUUAUCUGUGAUUUCAAUAUGCAUCAUAAUUGUUGCAGUUAUUUUAAUAAUAACAUGCAUAGUAUUCUACAUCAAUAGAGAAGACGUCAGUUCUUUCUUACGUUAUCAUUUAAAACAAUUUCGACUUCGGCACAUUACACCACGAUCGCAAAAUCCUUGCAUUUUACCAGAUGCUCAACCUGUAAGAAAAAUAGAGAAAAUAGAUACUCAUCACCAUAUGAUUCCGGCUCUUUAUCUUGACCAUAUCAAACAAAACCCGAACGAACCUAAUGAUUUAAUAUUUCCAACAUGGUCUCCACAGACCUCUCUUGAUUUUAUGGCAAAAAAUUCCAUCUCGACCUCCAUCCUUUCAUUUGCUCAUGCCGCUCUCGAUGAUUCAUCCCUCUGCCAAGACAUAAACAUUUACGCCCAUAAUUUACGUCUACAAUAUCCCACAAAGUUCGGCUUUUUCGCCACUAUUCCAUCCAUAACUGUAGCUUCUCUACCAGAAGUACUUGCUAGCAUUAAGUUCUGCUGUGAAAAGCUUAAUCCAGACGGUUUCACACUUUUUACGAGUUAUGAUGGGAAAUAUCUUGGACACGAAAUGUUUCGACCUGUUUGGGAAGAAUUGAAUAGAGUCAGCGCGGUGGUAUUCAUACAUCCCAUUGCUAAUUCACUCUCCCCGCAAUCGCUCGAAAAUCCUUCGUUGAUUCCACCUCUUGUCGACUUUACACAUGAAAUGACACGCACAGCAUGUUCUCUCAUCUACUCCAAUACUUCAUCCACAUAUCCAAAACUCAAGAUUAUCCUCUCGCACGCAGGAGGCACUCUGCCUUAUAUUAGUACCUCGAUUGCAAAUAUGACUUUUGAUGCCUGCAUCAGUGUUAAAACACCUGAGCAGUUCAUGAAGGAAGCGAGCAGCUUUUAUACGGAUUUGGCAGGGAGCAGCUAUAGUGGACCUGUGGGGUAUAUUGAAAGAUGGUUGGGGCCUGCCAGAACUACCUACGGCAGUGAUUUUCCGUUUCCAAUAGAAAGUACCAUGGUAGAAGAAUUGGAGUUCUUAGAUGUUUGCGUAUACAAGAAUGGGGUUGAAGGAGAGGCUGUUUUGAGAAAAACUGCAUUGGAAUUGUUUCCAAGAUUGAAGGCUCAAAUUGACGAGGCUCAAGUGACUAAGGAGAAAUCUUUGAUUGAAAAUCUGAGUGCAAGCAGAGGCGAAGGUGAUAUUGCUUUCAGUAAUGCUGUUUGAUGGGCAGAUGUGGGACCUGAAACUGUGUAUCCUAGUAGAAUGAGUCGGUAGCCUUUCUGGCGCAACCGUUGCUCAUUGUGAUUUUGUUGAAAUCUGAGUUUGCCUCUUGAUGAUCUAAGCGAGUCAAUCAAUUCUGUUAAUCAUUACAACUUAGUUCUGAACCACUAAGAAUCUUGAGAGUGAAGAGCAAGAUGUGGCUUGGAGGCUUGCGCAAUUGGAUUUUCAUUAUUGAGAGUACGCA